AUCAAUCCCAAUUUUCAAAAUGCUGCGAUUGUUCUGUGUCGUUGUCGGAGGUGUCGGUAGUCCUUUCUCCGUGACUGUCCCUGAGGAUGAGGUCGUCGAUGGUCUCAAGGAGCAGAUCGCGAUCAAGAAGAAGUACCAAUUUCCACCCGAUGAAUUGGACCUGUAUAUGGCGACGAAUGGUGCCGGAUUCUCCACCAUGGACGCACAAGCGGUGACACUCCACCGUCUGCAUGGCGACCUUGAAGCGAAUCUGCGAGCCUUCAAGAAGAUGGACCCGUUGCUUUCAAUCAAGAAAGUAUUUCGAGGCACUUUUCCACCAAACAAAGAACAAGUGUACGUGUUCGUGGUCGUCCCCAAGCAUGCCGUGGCUGCCCCGACGCGGCGAUUGUUCUGUGUCGUUGUCGGACGUGAUGGGGGUCCUUUCUCCGUGACUGUCCCAGAGGAUGAGGUCGUCGAUGGCCUCAAGGAGCAGAUCGCGAUCAAGAAGAAGUACCAAUUCCCAGCCGACGAAAUGGAUUUGUACAUGGCGACGAGCGGUGCCGGGUUCUCCAGCGCAGGCGCAUCAGCGGUGACACCUUACAACCUUUAUGACCUGCGAACCUUCACGAAGAUGAACCCAUUGCUUUCAAUCAAGAAACUGUUUGGAGGCACUUUCCCACUAACCGAAGAACUCGUCUACGUGUUCGCGGUCACCGUCGAACCAGAAGAGGUUGGUGUGAGUCCACGCAAGGUACACCAAAGAGACCAGAGCUAUUUGGCGAUAUCGGAUAUGUCGACGGCUACCGUGGUUGAGUUGGGGUACCGCUUGGAAUCAACCAGCGUGCCAGCAAUUGAAGCAUCCGCGACACUGAGUAUUCCCGACUUCGAGUGGAUCGAAAAAUUGGGUAAGUGGGAUCCGACCAACAUCCAGAAAUACCAGCAAUACGUUGCCGACAUGCUGCGGGACUUUCUGGAUCUGGCAGUGAAGACUACAGUUCCCUGUGAUCUCGACGCCCGUUUGAGCAAAUGCCACCGCGAGCUUAAAGGAGCGUCAGACUUGUACGUCAUCCCACAUGCAUGUGGAGACUUACUUGGCCGAAGCGAUGUGGUGGUGCUGAUGGAGUUGACACAAUCGGAGAACCUUUCGGAACAAGAUGUCGCUCGGACGGUGGGGUGUAUGCUGGCAGCGAACACCAUCUUCGACAAGGAAGUGUAUCGACCUACUCCUGUCGGCGUGGCGACGAAUCUGCGGGACGAAUGGCUUCUAUUUUGGGUUGGCCCACGCGGCCAGAUUUGUAUGGCCGGUGUGGACAGCAACAACGAGAAACUCUCCCGGGAGACUGCGUGGCAUUACAUUCGAAAGCACUGCGCAUACGUCAAUUCCAUUUACGAAUCCCGAUUUACCAAGCGUGAAACCGUCAUUGACGAAUCCAAAUCUCCGACACCACAUCCUGUGUUUGGGGGCAUCAAUGCGGGGUUUUUGACCAAGUAGUACCAUCUUGGAGGAUGAAGACAACAGUAACUUUGCAUAACGUGACUCGGA